AUGGAUAAAAUUGUUAUAAAACCAUUACAAGAAAUAAGUUUACCUGGAAAUGUUGAAGAAGUUAAUAAUGAUGAUAUAAAUGUUAAAUCAUUUUCAUCCAAUAUAAAACAAAGUAAAUGGAAAGUUGUUAAAGAAAAUAAUCAAUUAAAACUACCACGACAUUCACAAGGAGAUAUUAAAUUAAGCAGUAUUAUUGAAGAACUUCAAAAAUUUUCACUUGAAUCAGAAUUAAAAAAUUCCGACGAAGAAUCAAUAAAUGAUUCACAUAGCUGGAUUCAAAUAGCUCGACGACAAUUAGCACAUUAUCUUGUAUUACCAAAAUUUCAUUAUUCUAUUAUUGUUUUAGUUGUUAUUGAUCUUAUUGUCGUACUUGUUGAUUUAGUUCUUGCUCAAUUAUCAUCACCAUGUUUAACGGAUCAAGAAUUGAUAGAAUAUAAUACAACUUUACAACGAGAUACAUGUUUACUUCCAUAUUCCGUGGCUUUAAGUCGUGCUGAAUUAUUUCUUUUCUAUUUUUCCGUCGUAUUAUUAAUAAUAUUUGUACUUGAAAUCUUCCUAUCAUUUUUUACAUUUGGUUUUCAACAUUAUAAAAAUGUGUUAUAUUUAUUGGAUAGUAUUAUUGUAUUUACAUCAUUUGUAAUGGAAAUAUAUUUUCAUUAUGGAAAUAUUGGAAGAGCCGGACGUGCAGCUGCAGCUAUUGUUGUAUUACGUUUAUGGAAAAUAGUUCGAGCUAUUCAUGCUGUUGUUCAUUCUAUUACACUUAAAAAUCGAAUAAUUAUUAGAAAAAUUCAAGAAGCUCAAACAAUUAUUGAACAAGAAAAAUCAACUACCGAAAAAAUGCUUGAAAAACAAGAAAUUAAAGUUGAUUAUUUAACAAAUCUUUUAAAAACAUUGAGUAAAUUACCAUCUCAAGAACAUAUUGAUGCUUAUGUAGAUAAAACAUGGCAACAGAGACAUAAAGAUAAAUAA